AUGUUUUCCAGUAUUCCCAGGUCGUUGAUAUGCUGCUCCACGGCUAUAGGCCCGAAUCGGGCUUUAGCGUUCGCGUUAACGAAAUGUCCAGUGUUCUUAGAUCAAUGUCGAAACUACCACGAGGUUACCGGAAAUAUUAUAUGCCCCAACAUGGUGCGGGGUAUCGAUCAUCUGAGAGACCCUCGUCUUAACAAGGGUCUCGCAUUUACAUUAGAAGAACGUCAAGCGCUUGGCAUUCACGGCCUUUUGGCGGCCAAGUUCAAAUCUCAAGAAGAGCAACUGGACAUUUGCAGGAUAUCAAUAGAUAGAUACGAGGACAAUCUGAACAAAUAUCUUUACCUCGUCGAGUUACAGGAUAGAAAUGAGAAAUUGUUCUUCAGACUCCUAUCGGAGAAUGUUGAGAAGUAUUUGCCAAUUGUAUACACACCCACUGUUGGACUUGCGUGCCAAAGAUUUGGUCUCAUUUACAGAAGACCUAGAGGUCUUUUCAUAACUAUCAAUGAUAAGGGGCAUAUAUUUAACAUCCUUAAGAACUGGCCGGAACCAGAUGUACGAGCGGUAGUGUUCACAGACGGUGAACGUAUCCUAGGUUUAGGUGAUUUAGGUGCAUAUGGUAUGGGUAUACCUGUCGGUAAACUGUCCUUGUACACCGCCCUAGCAGGCAUCAAACCUCAUCAAUGUCUGCCUAUCACGUUGGAUGUUGGUACUGAUAACCAGGAUUUACUGGAAGACCCACUUUAUAUCGGUUUACGUCAGAAACGCGUAAGAGGAAAAGAAUACGACGAGUUUAUCGACGAAUUUAUGGAGGCGUGUGUUCAACGAUAUGGACAAAACACGCUUUUGCAAUUCGAAGACUUCGCUUUAGGAAACGCGGGUCGUUUGCUAGCGAAAUACAGGAAUAAGUAUUGCACGUUCAACGAUGAUAUCCAAGGCACGGCAAGUGUUGCGGUCGCGGGACUUAUGGCGGCCGUCAGAGUUACGAAGAGGAAGCUAAGCGAAAACAUCUAUUUGUUUUUGGGAGCCGGAUCGGCAGCCAAUGGUAUUGCUAAUUUAACAGUCGCAGCCAUGGUAGCUGAUGGUCUUACAGAGAAACAGGCCCAAGAACGCGUAUACAUGUUCGACAUAGAUGGUCUGCUUUCAACUAGAAGGGAAGGCGGUGUUCCACCUCAUGCGAAGGCUUUUGGUAAAGACAUAGAGCCCGAGAAGGACUUUGAAAAGUGUGUGGCGAAGAUCAAGCCUAGCUGUCUUAUUGGAUGUUCAACCGUCGGUGGAGCUUUUACACCUAACGUGUUGAAGCAAAUGGCGCAGAACAUCGAGCGGCCAGUAGUGUUCGCUCUCUCCAAUCCCACUAGCAAAGCGGAAUGUACUGCUCAAGAUGCUUAUGAUUAUACAGAGGGUCGUUGCAUCUUCGCAUCGGGCUCUCCGUUCCCGCCGGUGCACUACGAUGGUAAGGAGUUCCAUCCCGGCCAAGGCAACAACUCGUACAUAUUCCCCGGUGUGGCUCUCGGCGUUAUAGCAACUGCGACCCACCAUAUACCCGAGACUAUGUUCUUGACUGCUGCUAGGACCCUAGCAAACUACGUGAGUGAAUCCGACUUGGCCAUCGGUCGUAUCUACCCGUCGUUGGCGGAAGUGAAAGAGGUGUCACUCGCCAUAGCCAUCGAAGUAGCGAAAAUGGCCUACGAUGAAGGUCUUGCUUCAGUAUACCCCGAGCCGAAAAAUUUAGGUAAGCACGUGGAAAACCAAAUGUACAACUAUAACUACGAGAGCUCCAUGCCAGUUGUAUGGGAUUGGAAACCCGAAGAGAAGUUCAACGUACGACCAAUACAACCAGUACCUAAGAACAUU